AUGCUUCGAGUACGUGACCGCCGCACAACACACUCCAGCACACUGCAACACUCCAUCUGUAUGGCUGGUUCUGUUGUGUGGUUCUGCGCGCAGGGCUCAAGCAUCAUGUCGGCCGCGUCAUCAGCCGGGCAGCAGCAACCGCAGCACCCGACCACCCUCAAAUUCAGACAACUGCUCGCACGUACGAGACACUGAGAAACUCUCUAUGGCAUGCCUCACCACACAAGCACGGACGCGUUUGUGUGUGCCUUUGCACUUUACAGACGAGAAUGAGGUGUGUCCCUACCUGCUGGGCAAGGGCACCGAGUGGACGGUGACUGAGAAGGACGCCAGGGACUCGGGCGGGCGGCUCAAGGUCGAGCGCGUGCCGCACGCCGCUGUAGGCAGCCUAGUCUACGACAAGGUAGGCGUCUGUUGAAGGAGAAGGCAGACACUGUACCACACUACACUACAGUACAAUGUCCACAAUCCUUCUGUGUGUUUCUGCGAUGAUCAUCAGGAUUGGCCAUUGAUGUCGGCCACAUCAUCAGCUGGGCAACAACCGCACCAGCAGCAGCAGCAGCCGCAGCAGCAGGCGAUGAAGCUGAAGGCUGUCGAGAUCCACCUCCCACCUGACACGAAUGACGCGACGCAGCGGCUGGUGGGCGGCAUCAUAGUACGCACCAUCACCCCUGCCGAAGUGCAGCAGCUCAUCCGCCAAGGCGCCGACGCCGCCGUGUACGUCGAGCUGAGGGAGUGCCGCCGGCGCGUUGCUCUUUUGCUUUGCGUGUCUCUGCUGUCCUUGGCCAUCGACGACUGGAGCACGCCAACAGCACUCGAGGAGGAGCUUACCAUCGGGCCCGAGCGACAUAAAGGAGAGUUCAUCUUGCCGCUAUGGCCGUCGCGCGAGGUGCAGGCGGCCAUCCUGUCGGCGCUGAUCGACGCCAUCGGACGGCCCAGGAUCGACAGCCUUCCUCCGUUCCCCGGGCAUCCGAGGAUCACCAAGAGGAAGGGUCCCAUCGAGAUGGCGGUGCGAGCGGGCAACCUGACGGCCGUCAAGACACUCGUGGCCAACGGGGCCGCUCUGCGGGGGCGGCAGCUGGUCUUCCUGCCACGUUGGGUGCGCACCAGCAAGGAGUAUGAGGCCGCCCUGAUGGCCAUCUACACCUACCUCGUCCAGCACGACCCCUCCCUCGCCACCGAGGCAACGGCCAAUGGCUAUAAUGUCAUCCAUUUGGCCGCCGGUGUGGGCCCCAUCUACUCGGAGGCCUUCAUCCACGCCUUCCUGCAGCUGAUGAAGGACAACGGCGCCAGCCUCACUCACACCACACACCAACACGUCCAUAGCAAAACGCCCCUGCACCGGGCGGCUAUACAGUGCUCGUAUCAUGUGAUCGAGUGGCUGUGUCCCCACCUCAGCCCCGCAGACAUCAACGAAAGAAGCAGCGCCAACACUACCCCCCUCACCCUCGCUAGCGGGAAGGUCGCCUCUUUGGUGAGGCACGCCACCACCCCGUCUGUGAGAGGAGAGAUCAGCGGGAUGAGAGGCGCCAUCCGCGCGAUGCUGAGGUCGGGCGCGGCCAUCGACAGGGACCGACAUGUUCGUCGCCUGGUGGACGGGGAGUACGUGCAGCUCCUCGAGGAGCUAGCGGAUGACGUCAUGGAUGCGGUGAAUGGUGCCCUCAAGCCCCAGCGCGACGUCGCCGACCUGCUGACGCGGCUGCUGCCCCUCGCCCGCUUCCCUCCCUCCCGCCCCAAGCCGUCUGAUGCGACAGACAAUGACGCCCCUGCCGCCCCUUCCAGGCCCUCCCCAUUCGCCCACAGCGACGAGACGGCCCAUAUCGCAUGGAAGGUCGGCGCCUUCCUGCACGAGCCAGAGGCCGUCGACCAGAUGCACCUCACGACCCACACCCCACUGGCUGGCCGCGUCAAGGCCGCCAUGCAGCACUUCGUCAAGUGCGCGGCGACCAAGACGGCCGGCAAUCGUGAGGUCGUGGGUGUGAUGGCCAAUGUGGGCGGCCGGGUGGUGCGGGUGCCGCUGCAGUGCUUCGCUGUCAACCGAGGGCAGCUUACACACAGACGGCUGGGGCUGCGUGAGGUAGUCCACAAGGCCCGGCUGGACGAGGCGGCUCGAUACGGGCUGACGGGCGUCGUCAAGGACUUCAACACCCACCUGGGCAAUGAGGAUUGCCAGUUCGAUUGGCAGCAGCUGGGAUGGGUCGACGAGAGGGGGCAGUUCCAGCCGCUGGGCAUCAACUAGCCGAGGGGGGCAGCACAGGGCCGUGUAGCGGGAGGUGUAGCAGGAGGGGUGGGCUGAGGUGUUGGCAGAGCGAUAUGGGUAUGGGAGGCUUGAUGUGUAUAGACGGAUUGUGUCUACGAGGGGCGGGGAGGGGUGCUUCAUGGCCAUUUCAUGUGGAUGCAUCGCUCAGAGUGGUUGACCUCUGUGUCCGUCUGAAUGAAUGGAAUGGCCGGAUGACUGUGUGACCUCAAUUCACG